ACUUAUAUUGUCAAGCCUGCCAUAAAUACCUCGGACUGUCUUGCGAUGCCAAAAACAAGUCCACUGUAACCUGUGCUUCCUGUGGUGCUGAAAAGAGGCUUCAAGAGUUAAUGAGUUCUGGGAGUUUCUUUUUAAUGUUUAACUUGAAGCAGCAGUUGCUGAAACUCUUGAAACAAGUUGGCAGAACGCUCCACACUAACUUACAGAAGCUGUCAUCAGGACCUCUAGUGCCAGGCGUAUUUUCUGACAUCACCGAUGGAAGUCUGUACCGUAGUGUACGAAAGCAGACAAACAUGGCAUGGAGUGACAUCACAUUGACCUUUAACAGUGAUGGUGCACCUGUGUUUGAUUCCAGCAAGAGCACAAUUUGGCCAAUUCAAGUAAUGUUAAAUGAGCUGCCAGUUUUGAUGCGGUGGCAAAAUGUGCUCGUCUAAGGGCUGUGGUUCUCAAGGACUCACCCACCGAUGCAUCUCUUCAUGACACAAUUUGUUGAAGAAGUCUCCAAUGUUGGAACUCUAGUGUGGUCUCAUGCUGGUAGGACCAUUAGAUCAGCAGUGCAUGCAGUUGUUUGUUGUGUGGACUCUCCGGCCAGGGCAGCUAUCUUGAACAGCAAGCAGUUCAAUGGAUACUUUGGGUGCAGCUGGUGCUUGCAGCAAGGUGAAGUUAUUGAUGGUACACUGAAGUACUCAUUUUGCAGCGACGUGCCUGGAAGGACACACAGUGGGGUGUUGAAAGCAAUGGUGGAAGCAGUGCAGAAGAAGGAACCAGUGUUCGGCAUAAAAGGUCCAUCCACUCUGAUCAAGCUGCGAGGCUUUGAUCUCGUCUGGGGCCUGCCUCUUGACUACAUGCACUGCGUCUUGGAAGGUGUGACCAAACAGGUUACUGAAAUGUGGCUGUCAGCUACAGGUUCCACGUGGUAUAUUGGGAGGCACAUGAAGCUAAUUGAUUCGAGGUUGCUCUUGAUAAAGCCACCAAUAAUCUUUUCAAGAUCAGGACGGCCUUUGUCAGAUCGUGCUUUUUGGAAGGCUGCAGAGUGGCGCUCUUGGCUUCUUUUCUACAGCCUUCCAUGUGUCUCUGACAUAUUGCCCCGACAUUAUCUGACACAUUUCGCACUUCUUGCAAAGGCUGUGUUUCGUUUAUUGAAGGAUGUUAUCCUAGAAGAUGAAAUUUGUGCUGCUGAGAGGUCCCUCUUAGCAUUUGUUCAGCAGAUGGCCAAGUUAGCUGUAAUGGCGGCCAUGAUGCGUCGUUCAUGUGCCUCGAGGAACGAGGCCGUGUGGCGGAUGACAGCCUCCAUCUCCGGGGUGGCGGCAGGUUCGGUAGAGGAGCGCCUCUUAUGUGGAGGGCUGCGGGAGGGGGAGGCGGCACGAGAAGAAGCGGCCGAAGAGGAGGCGGACAUAGGGGCGGGAGGUGGCGGCGGUGGGGUCUAG